AUGACCCAGGAACACUUUGCUCAGAGAAACAACGUCCAGGAUUCAGAGAAACAGCAAAUCUGCGCAGUGGGGAUUCAUGGCUGGAGGAAACGCUGCUUGUACUUCUUCCUGCUCCUCCUAAUGAUCUUAAUCCUAGUUAACCUCGCGCUCACCAUCUGGAUCCUCAAAGUCAUGAACUUCACCAUCGAUGGGAUGGGUAACCUCAGAAUUACACCGAUGGGUCUCCAGCUGGCGGGGGACUCUGAAUUUCUCCAGCCCCUCUACGCCAAAGAGAUCCAAUCAAGGCCUGGCAGUCCUUUACUCCUUCAGUCUUCAAGAAAUGUGUCAAUCAACAUCCUAGAUGACAGAAAUGUGCCAAUCACCCAACUAGUAACAGGGUCAGGUGGAGUUCGCUCGUGUAGCAAGCUCCUGGAGGUGAAAUCCAACAGCGGAAAACUGCUAUUCUCGGCGGAUGACCGGGAGAUCGUGGUGGGAGCGGACAGGUUGCGAGUCCCAGGUGCAGAGGGAGCUGUGUUCAGCAGGUCUGUAGAAACACCUCACAUCCGUGCAGAGCCCUUCAAGGAGCUCCGGUUGGAGUCUCCGACUCGGUCCCUUAUCAUGGAGGCUCCCAAGGGGGUGCAAUUCCUGGCGGAGGCUGGAGACAUCCAGGCCACCUGUAGGAAUGAGAUGCGUCUGGAAUCCAAGGAUGGACAAAUAACGCUGGACGCCAGUAAAAUCAAGCUCCCUCGGCUGCCGCAGGGUCAGACGUCGUCCGCCGGACCCAAGCAGACGGUGUUUGAGGCGUGUGUGUGUCCGAACGGGAGGCUUUUUAUCUCACCGGCCGGAACUGGCUCCACCUGCCUGACCAGCACCAGCAUCUGCCAAUGA